GUGUAUUAAAAUGGGGUACCGAAAAGAUGACCUGGAUCAUCAAACGAGGAGAGAUCCAGAGUGAUGAAUUAAAUUGAAGUUGAGAUUUCUAUGAAAAAAGUAAAUUGAUAUUUCGAAUUUCAAUAAAAAUAUGGCCGCCUCCGUUCUCGAAGAAUGCAAAAUCAAUCCUCCGGCGGAGUCAUCGCCGCCGGAGUUUGUGCUGCCGAUUGUAUUCUUCGAUAUGGUGUGGUACGACUUUCCCGCCAAUCAGAGUGUUCUCUUCUUCGAUCUUACAGCAGCUUGUUCGACGAAACCCUAUUUUCUGGAAACCCUUGUUCCCGAUCUGAAAAGCUCGCUAUCCCUCACUCUCGGCGAGUUCCUCCCACUCGCCGGAAAAAUCGUUCAUCCCUUAACCCCCGGAGGCGAUAAACCAAUCCUACGUUACGUAUCCGGCGAUUCAGUUUCUUUUAAUGUUUGCGAAUCCGGGGCUGAUUUCAGCGAACUCGCCGGAAAUCAUCCCCGGAAUUGCGAUGAUUUUUAUGCCUUCGUUCCUAAUCUUCCACCGGCGAACCGUUCUGAAAAGUCGAUUUGUUGCCCAGUGUUAGCUCUCCAAGUUACACUGUUCCCCGGCCAUGGCUUCUGCAUCGGUUUUGUAACUCAUCACGCCGCCGCCGAUGCGUGCACGGUUGUCUCUUUCAUCCAAACCUGGGCUCUCAUCAACAAAACUAAGUACUCCAAUGAUAGUGAUUUGCGUGAUUUAUCGACACGAUCCAACUUUUUGCCGUCCUUCGACAGAAAAAAUACGACGAACAUCAACGGAUUGGACUCGUUGAAUUGGGACCUCAUACUGAAGCUAUCUUGUUCGGUGGAGCCGCCGCCGGUGAAAUUCCCGAUCGACAAGCUCCGGUCAACGUUCGUUCUCAAGAAAGAGCAGAUCGAAAAGCUCAAGGGUUUGCUCGUGGCAGCAAAUUGUCCCAGGCUGUCGACUUUCACAGCCGCAUGCGCCGUCGUGUGGGUCUGCUCGGCAAAAUCCGCGGGUGAUGACGUGGCAGACGACGAGCCCGAGUACUUUGGCUUCGUGGCGGAUUGCAGGGGGAGGCUGAAACCGCCGGUGCCUGGUAAUUACUUCGGCAACUGCGUCGUACCUGUUCGGGCAGAGCUGAAACACGGACAAGCCAAGGGACCCAACGGCUUCGUGAUGGCGGCAAAGGCCAUCGGUGACGCCAUCGUUGAAAACGUGUACAACGAGAACGGAAUCUUGUUCGGUGCAGAGAAAUGGCCGGAGAAGUACAACGAGUUAAUCGGAAAACGGCAGUAUGGGGUUGCGGGUUCGCCAAGAUUCGACUUUUACGCGGUGGACUACGGGUGGGGAAACCCUAAAAAAUUUGAAGCACUGUUUGUAGAUGGUAAUGGUUCCAUAUCUCUUAACAAAGCCAGAGAUUGUGAAGGUGGUUUGGAGAUUGGCUUGUCCAAGCCAAAGCUUCAAAUGGAUGCUUUUUCUACUGUUUUUUCACAGGUUCUUCACGAAUUCUUGGCAAAUUAGAUGGUAUACCUCGUUAUUUACAUUCGGUGGAUUUGAACUGUAUGUAAUUCUACACAUAAUUACACACACUACUCAUGUGUAUGUGUACUUAGUGAGUAAACUUUCACGUUUGUCGUAUGUUCAAAUUCGAAAUCAAUCAGUGUAAAGUUCAAAAUAAACAUCUUACGGAAGGACAAUGAACUUU